CACAUAUGCAGUGAUCAAUCUAAGGUGGUUUUCACGCCGCCAUGGCUUCACGACGCGUCUUGCAGCAAUGCGCCAUCGCCAUCAGCGUCGCCAGCCUACUCUACAACAUCGCCGAGGGUGUAAUAUCCGUGGUCUUUGGUGUAGAAUCAUCCUCGCACUCUCUCAUCUUCUUUGGCAUUCAGUCGGUCAUCGAGGUGCUUUCGGCGUCACUCGUGGUUUGGAGAUUUCUGAGCGGACUUAAAGCUGGUGAAGAAGGCGACAGUGGAUCCAAAGUUAGAAUGAGUAAAGACCUGAGGUUUGUAAGAUUUCCAGGCCGGUGCCAGUCUUCGUCUACCGACACUCAGCAGGGUAGAGAAAAUAGCAACAUUGACCAUAGGCAUUCUCCUCGUGAUGCUUGCCCUAGCAGCCAUAGGUACAUCCAUCGCCUCCCUCAUCGCCCAUGAUCACCCCAGUCAAUCCAACGCAUCCCUCAUCAUCGCUGCGAGCGCUACUUUCAUUAUGUUCUUGUUCUGGAUUCCGAAGCGCUACCUCGCAAAGGCGCUGAAUUCCAGUACGAUGAACGGCGAGGCACUUUGUACCUUGUCAUGCAUCCAGUUCAGCGGUGCACUAUUGAUCGGUUCCCUCAUAUACCGUAUUUGGCGCGGUGGGUGGUGGGUCGACUCCGCGACUGCCAUCGCGAUUGCUAUACUUUUUGGUUGGGAGGGCUUUAAGAUGGUUAGGUGGGCGAGUAAUGACCAAUUCAAUGGCAGCUGUUGUUGUGGACAGGAGGAACGCAAGGUAGAAAAACAAGGCAUUCCUGAAGUCGCGCAACAGCCUAGUAUAACUCCCCAGCGCUGCUGUGGUGACUCCGGCUGUUGCAAACCUUCACAAGAAGGUAGCAACAAAGUCUAGUAGGUUCGGAUUCGUAGUUUGGGUUGUACAAUGAGUAUU